UUUGAUGCACGAGUUUUGAGUGCACGUGACUGUUAUAAUUUGUCGUGAUUGUUCGUCAGAUUUUGUCACAGGUCCGUACAUUGAUUUCUAAUAAUGGACGCAAUGGGAUAGUGUAACCGGGUUGUUGGUUUAGAUAUUUGCCUAAAGUAAAUCUUACUGAUCAACAUCCAGUGACUCUGACAGUCGUGGUCAGCGGGUUAGAAAAUGGCUGAAUGCGCGGAUAAUCCCCAUAAUAAUAAUGGCGACGACAGCAGCACGGCUCCACUCUGUAGUAUUUGCUUGGAUGAAUUUAAAGAGCCAAAAACUAUCGACUGCCAGCAUUCCUUCUGCUCUCUCUGCCUUGACGAUUAUAUAAAAAAAUCUGCAGCGAACAACAAGUUUCACUGUCCACUGUGCCGUUUUCAAGUCCAAAUUCCUGCAGGGGGCAUAACCGACUUUGUUUCGGAAAAAGUAUUAUUAAACACAGAGAAGAAAGCACCAGGGAUGAAGUCGAAUGAAGAUAAGAAGAAAGGCUGUGAUCUUUGUAAGAGUAAUCUCCCUUCACCAUUUCAUUGUAAAGACUGUCAAAAGUGUAUGUGUAAUUCUUGCAGGACAAUUCACUGCUCUAUUCCCCUUUGUCAGAAUCAUGUUAUAAUAAGUUUAGAAGAAACUGAUGCCAUCAAGUCUGAAAGUGAAACCCAGGACAACAAGUUCCUGAGUCUGUCAAAAAAACUAGAACCCGAUAAAGACAUCUGUCAGAAACAUAACAACAGAAAAUCUACUUUUUAUUGUAAAAAAUGUUCAAAAGCUGUUUGCUCCGACUGCUUUGUUAUCAGUCAUAAUGGGCACAGUUUCUAUGAUUUACAAAGCAAAUCAACUUUACAAGAUUUGAGAAAAAAGCUUAAAUCAUGCAGCAAAGACUUAGAAAAAGAAAUAAAAAUGUUAGAAGAUUUCUCUGAAUCACUGAAAGCUCAGUUGUUAGAGGUAAAAGAUCUGUCAAAAACAACAAGAAAGAACAUUGACGAACAAGUGAAACGAAUUUGCGAAGAGGUUGAAAAGAAGGGUAAUCGACUGAAGCAGAAGAUAGAACUUACAAGUCUUGCUGAUCAAAUAAAAGUAACAAAUCUGAUAGAAGAGAAUUCAAAAAUGGUGGAAAAUUUAAAAUCUGUGGUUGAUAACACUGAUGAUGUUUUGCAGAAGGAAUAUAUUGUUCCGGUUUUGGAAUCAAUUUCUAAAUCUGUACAUCAACACGAAAAAUGUCGAUCGAGAAAGUUGAAUGUUCCUCAAAUGAGCGAUAUUUUGUUUAAAGAAUCUGUUGUUGACGUUAAAGAAUUAAUAAAACAAAUAGGAAAAUUAGAUAUUAUUGGUGAGGGAAAUAAUACAUUUAACGCUACUUUCAGCAUAAAUGAUUUUAAUGGAGGGAGCGUCCUUCAAAGUUCAAAAUAUUCAUUAAAUAAUUUGAACUGUUAUGUAUGUGUUGAAUAUCCAUAUUUUCACUGUCAAACUUCAGUAAAUGUUUACCUACAAUUCGAUGGGUGCAAAAAUUAUAUUGGUAGAAGCAUAGUCAAGGUUGUAAAUUUUAACAACAAUAAAAAUGCUUUGAUAAAGGCCCAAGAUAUAGAUUUAAAGGGUUCCAUUUAUGGCUACUCACAGAGUAAAAUCUGUUCACAAUGUAUUAGCUGGGAUAGAUUAGCAGAUCCAAAAUAUGGAUUUUUAAAAGAUGGAAAAUUUACUGUUAAAUGUUACUUUGAAAUGGAUAAAUGGUAAAAAGCCUAAUUUGUAAAAUGCAGGCCUGAAUUGUAAAAUGUAGGCCUGAUUUGUAAAAUGCAGGCCUUAUUUGUAAACUUCAUCCCAAAUUUGUAAAAUAUAAGCCUAAAUAAAAACACAACACAGAACACAGUUUAUAUGGAAAACAAUCGAUGGUUUAUACACAUAUACCUGAUGUUUCGACAAGUAUUCUCUUAACGUCGUGUCAGAUGUCUACACGCAUAAACCAGGGAUUGUUUUCCAUAUAAAUUGUGUUGUGUUUUUUUAAUGUGCUUCAUCACUAAAUCCCAAUCAAGGAUUAAUUAAACUUAAAUAGUCAAAUAUGUAGCCCUAAAUGGUAAAAUGUAGACCUAAAUGGUAAGAUGUAGGCCUAAAUGGUAAAAUGUAGGCCUAGAGGGUCAGAUGUUGGCGUAAAAUGUAGGCCAAGAUGGUCAAAUGUGGGUUCUUAAAUUCAUUUCUACAUUGUAAAAUAAGUUGUAAUAUCUGCUAAAUAAAUGAUUACUCCCAGUUUCAA